UCGCAGGAGACAAGCAGUGUGUGGAGGCUGAGAAGACACACGGGAAAGAUGAAGACACAAACAUGGAUUAUGGUGGUUACCAUGGUAGCAGCCAUGAUGGUAGCUCCCACAGCCACCCAUCAGAUGAUGUGGGGGACGUGUUCCAGUAAUUCCUAUACACCCAUGCCUGAUUUUAACCCUGAGAAGUUCAGUGGAUCCUGGUACGUGUUGAAGAAGCUAGUGACGACCAGCAGGUGCCUGAGUACGACCUUUGAGCUGCAGAACGACACCAGGACCUUCAAGGUCAAGGAGAUACGAACCCCAGUUGUAGCAGACAUGACACCUUACAAGGCAACGGUGACCAAUGAAGGGAUUCUGGAAAUGAAUCCAGAACAACCUGCUAAGAUGAAGCUAGACUGGAGUGGUAGUAAGUUAGUUGUAGUUGUAGUUGUAGUUGUGGUUGUAGUUGUAGUUGUAUGGCUGUAG